ACGACCACGGUCUAAAGAAACACAUGGUUUCUGCAGUGAAAGUAAACAAUUAUAGAGCCGCUAAAUUAUUUUUCAUUUGUGUUGGAUUAGAUAGAAUAGAGACUUUCGAAUCAGUUGUAUAGCUUCCAAUACAAAGAGGGAACACUUUUUUUCGAUCAAUUUUCUAUCUGAAAAAUAUUUUUGUGAAAAGGCAAAAUGACAGUAGAGCUUCAAUGCAUUUAUCAAAGUUGUGCAUGUAAUAAAACUUUAAAUGCUAUUGAUUGGGGUAAUAAUAAUAUAAUUUGUUACAGUGCAUGUAAUGCAGUUCAUCUUUACACAUAUGAGAAAUCAUCUGGUCCAGCACAUAUUCAAUCAUUGACAAAGCAUACUAAACUCAUAACCUCAGUUCAGUGGAUAAGAAAAUCAGAUAGUGCCCCAGAAGAUGAAUUAUUAGUCACUUCUGCUGAUAAUACAGCAUCUCUGUGGAAACUCAGUGGAACAUCAAUCUAUUUUUCUUGUUCUUUGACUGGACACACCAGUGUUGUUCAGAAAGGAACAGGAAUAUACUCUCCUGAAAAUGGAAAAUUAAUUAUAGUCACUUUGUCUACAGACUCUUCUGUCAAACUAUGGGAAAGAAAUACAUCUGAAGUGCAAUGCAUACAAACAAUAUCAUUUGGGAAUGGAUUUGGUUUAGAUGUCAAAUUGGCUUCAUUAAAUAAUGGUGUAAUUAUGGCCCUUUCUAUUGAUGACUCAAAGCUUCAUCUUUAUGUUCAAGACACGCAAGGGUAUUUUAUACCUGCUGUAAAAUUAACUGGGCAUGAAGAUUGGAUACAGAGUAUAGAUAUUUUAAAAAAUGAUAAAGGCAAUUUGAUGAUUGCUACUGCAUCUCAAGAUAAUUACAUUCGUAUAUGGAAAAUUGCUUCUUAUUUACCUGAAAAUAAUUCUUCAACAAUAAAUGAACUGAAUGUUGAUGCUACAACAUUUCAGUCUUUUGGUGAAUCUUAUUCUGUUUCAUUAGAGUCUAUUAUAGGUGGCCAUGAAAACUGGGUUUAUUCUGUCCAAUGGAAAUAUUUUGAAAAUGGAAAUAUUCUCCAACUACUAUCUGCUUCAAUGGAUAAAACAAUUAUCAUUUGGGAGUUUGAUGCAUCCAUAAACAUUUGGAUGGAAAAGGAAACAUUUGGUGAAGUUGGAGGCAACACCUUAGGCUUCUUUGGUGCAGUAUUUUCGCCUAAUGGUGAAAAUAUAAUUGCUCAUGGUCAUCAAGGCUCUGUUCAUGUCUGGCAGCUGAAUCAGGAACUAGGUUCAUGGGAACCUGGGCUUUCAAUGGGUGGUCAUUUUUCUUCCGUCCAAGACAUUGAUUGGGAUCCAGAGGGAGAGUUUUUAGUCAGUUGUAGUUCUGACCAAACAACUCGGUUGCAUGCACCUUACGUUAUCAGUGAAUCAAAAAAUAAUUGGUAUGAAAUAUCUCGUCCUCAAAUUCAUGGUUAUGAUAUGGUAUGCUUAGCUAUGUUAGAUCGUUUCAAGUUCGUUUCUGCUGGCGAUGAGAAAGUUCUCCGAGUUUUUGAAGCACCUCGAAGUUUUGCUGAAAAUUUGGCAAAUUUGACUAAACUAAAUGUGUCAUCAUAUUUACAAGGAGCUAUGCCAGAGGGUGCUAGCAUUCCUUCAUUAGGUUUAUCAAAUAAAGCUGUAUUUUCUGAAGAUAUAAUCAAAGCUGCAUCAACUGAAGAAACAGAGACAAAUAAACAUCCGAAAGAUCGAUAUCCAGAUUUCUAUUAUUCACCAACAAGUUUAACAGCUCCUCCUACAGAAGAAACACUACUACAAAAUACCCUAUGGCCUGAGACUCAAAAACUAUAUGGACAUCCAUAUGAAGUUUUUACUGUAGCAUCAAACCAUGCUGGCACUUUAAUAGCUUCAGCCUGCAAAGCAUCAAAAGUUGAACAUGCAGGAAUAAUUUUGUGGGAUACAUCAACAUGGAGACAAGCUUCAUAUUUAGCAUUCCAUUCCUUGACAGUUACUCAAUUAGAAUUUUCUCCUGAUGAUCAAUACCUUUUGUCUGUCUCAAGAGACAGAAUGUGGGCACUGUACCGUUAUACUCCAGAGGAAUCUACACUUUAUGAAAAAGUUGCAAAUCUUGAUAAGAAAAGUGGAGUACAUGCUCGAAUUAUUUGGAGUUGUUCAUGGUCGUUUGAUAAUUUAUAUUUUGCUACAUCAUCAAGAGACAAAAAGGUUGCAAUGUGGAGUAAAAAUAAGGAUGAAUUGCCUGGAUUUUCUUUAUGUUCAAAACCUUUGGAUGUUGAAGAUUCUGCAACAGCUGUAUCCAUUGCUCCAUGUUUAGUGAAAGAUAGAUAUCUUAUAGCGAUUGGACUUGAAAAUGGUUCUAUUAUUUUAAGCAUAUUUUCCAAUGACACUGGAUGGGAGAUUCUUCAAAAAUUAGAUCAAAAUAUUGCUCAUCAUUUAAAUAUAAAUAGACUGAAAUUCUCUCCUGUUCUUGGUGAAGCAGGAUGUAGAGAAAAAAAUUCUGGUAUAUUACAGCUAGCUAGCUGUAGUAAUGAUCAUCAUAUAAAGAUAUACAACAUAUUUCUGAGUUCUAUAAGAUGAAAAACAUGUACAUAUAUUUUUAAGAUAAUAAUUAUCUUAUAUGUUGUCAUUGUGUUCUCUUUAUUAAAAUUUUUUUUUGAUUACUAAACCAUAGUAAAUCUUCUCUAAUAGCUUUUAUUUAUCUGACAAAUAUUAUUAUUAAGCUAUCCCAAAUGUCUCAAAUCAAAUUUACCUUUGUGU